UUUGAGGCCCAUUUCUGAGCUAGGGUUUUGGGGUAUUUGAGGGUUCCUGGCUGCACAUUUUUGCUUCUUCUCGCAGAGCCUUUCCCCGACUCCUUCAGCGGAGCCGUAUCCGGCAGAGAGCAAUGGCAUUUUUCAAAACUCAAAAGACAAGGGCUUACUUCAAGCGAUUCCAAGUUAAAUUCAAGAGAAGGAGACAGGGAAAGACUGAUUAUCGGGCACGAAUUCGCCUGAUCAAUCAGGACAAGAACAAGUACAACACUCCAAAAUAUCGGUUUGUUGUGAGGUUUACCAACAGGGAUAUAAUUGCUCAAAUUCUAUCUGCUAGCAUCGCUGGUGACCAUGUUCUUGCUGCUGCAUAUGCUCAUGAGCUGCCACACUAUGGUCUUAAAGUUGGCCUGACCAAUUAUGCUGCUGCAUACUGCACUGGACUGCUUUUGGCUCGCCGAGUUCUUCAGAAGCUUGAAAUGGAUGCUGAAUAUGAGGGAAAUGUUGAGGCCACUGGUGAGGAUUUCUCCAUUGAACCUGCUGAAACCAGGAGGCCAUUCCGUGCACUUCUGGAUGUUGGCCUUGUGAAAACUACAACUGGAAACCGAGUUUUUGGUGCUCUCAAGGGCGCUCUGGAUGGAGGACUUGAUAUUCCCCACAGUGAGAAGAGGUUUGCAGGGUUUAACAAGGAUAACAAGCAACUUGAUGCUGAAGUGCAUCGUAAGUAUAUUUAUGGUGGCCAUGUUGCAUCGUACAUGAAUGCUUUGAUGGAAGAUGAGCCCGAGAAGUACCAGUCUCACUUCAGUGAGUACAUAAAGAAUGGCAUCGAACCAGAUAACAUUGAGGCAGUGUACAAGAAGGUCCAUGCGGCAAUUCGUGCUGACCCCUCACAAAAGAAAUCCGAGAAGCCUCAACCAAAGGAGCACAAGAGAUACAACCUGAAGAAACUGACAUAUGAGGAGAGGAAGGCUAGAUUGAUUGAGAGGCUAAAUGCUCUGAACUCAGCUACUGGAAAUGGCGAAGAGGACGAAGACGACGAUGAUGAUGAGGAUGAUGAGUGAACAUCUUCAUUUUGAUUUUAAAUUAUCAAUGAAUCCCUUCCAAUUUAGGAAGAAUGGUUUAGCACAUUUUGAGUUGAUUGUUUCUUUUGCUUUCCUGACAUUAAAUUACAGAUUCGUAAUCAUUGAAUUGCUUUCUUCUGAAGCUAUGAAAUUAGCCAUCUGCUUUCUUCAAA